UAUGGAGGAAAACGCUCUCUCCGGUACUGGCGGUAUCGGAACGCGGUCCUUCGACGAUCGCGACGAUUUGUGAGCCGCGGGAAAACGAUGAAUGGUCUAAUUUUAUAUUUGGGAAAACUACAAUAGUUAAUUAUUUAGUAUCGAUAUAGUAAUUUUCUUCUCCAUUAAAAAUGAGCAAUUUUUAUUCUCCAAUGAAAUAUAUAUCUCCCAAUGCAAGGUAAAAGUCUGAAGGGUUUUAACACCCAAACCGCAGGUGCAACAGCUUUUGGAUCUAAGGCUGACGCAAAGCAAAGUUCGUAGCAGUAUUACAUGGUUUUUCGUUAAUAUGUUAUUACUCAGUAUUGUGCUGUACGAUAUAAUGUACGAUGGACCUGUGUACAAGCCGAUUCGCUGGCUGGAAUGGUGCCUGGCGUCGAUAUUUACGAUAAAUGCUUUUUAUCAUAUUAUAAGAUACAUAUGGGCUACCAUGAAAUUGCAGCCGAUCACACUGAAGCCUAGGCAAAGGCGACUCUUGGGAGUCUCAGAGGACGAACCUCUGUUCAAGAAUGAAGCGCCUCAGCAGCAGAAGUCCUUAGAGCUGAGUCCUUCGUUGAACAUAUCCUGUAUAAAUCUCAACAGACGUACAAUACCCCUUGUAUCUUCGGUCCUGAGUGAAAUUAAGGAUUACUCGACGUCGCCAGUUUUUAAGUACAACAGUCCUGUGUCUCCCAAAUCAAAUGUAAGCUCGAAUGGAUCACUUGGUAAAUCUAUGAGCGUUUCUCUGAACGGUAGCCUCACGAAUGAAGAUAUUAUUCAGGAUGAGUGUGAGCUGGAGAAUUAUCUCGAGGGGGUCGACCAGCAGAGAAAGUUUAUGCUGUCAACGAACGUUGAUCAGCCUUCGAAUCUCUUGAGCUCCUUCUGGUCUCAUCCCGCUGUUCGAAGACCCGGCGAAGUGUCGCCGCUAUUGAGAAGGUGUGCUUAUCAACUUGCACCUACCAUAGACAAAACAAAGACGACUAGCCCCGGCGCUGAAGAAGGAAGUUCUCCCAGGGGUACGUUUGGUGUGCUAAAUGUAUGGAGAAAAUACAGGGUCGAUCCGAAAAAAGUCAACGAGUGGACUGCCUUUCUUCGCAUGUGGAUCAGCAGGACGGUCGUGGAGCGUGUAUCUUCGGAGAUAGAUAACAUAUGCGCGGCGUUGAUACGUCACGGUUUGAGCGACUCGCAACCAGGCCACGUGGGGUUGGAUAGGCUCAGGAAGCUCGCCCAAGCGCCGUUCUUGGUCUCUGCCAUUCCCACUCUGCCGACGUUGGUCCCCUUCCUGGAGCUUUCCAAUAAUCAGGAGUAUCUCGUGAAGCGAAUAAAGAUGCUCGCGAAGGGAGGCUGUAUGAGUGAAUUCAAAUGGAACGGCGGAGGCUCUCACAACGGCAAGGAAUGGGACUCCAGCUUGCCGACUGAUUCCGCGAUAAUAAUGCAUUUGAUCUCGACGUACAUGGACACGCAAUUGGAAGCACCGUUGGAUCAACCGGACGCCAGACCAUUCACCUCGAGAUACAUGGCGAGAUCCGGGAUGGAACUGCCGCGAAACAAGGGUCCAAUAAUAGUUUGUCAGUCGGUGAAUCCGCCGCACUACAAUCUCGCGCUGUCCGGUGAUUCACUUCCGAGCGAUUACGAAGAAGUACAACGAGGACGUAAUAAUCUGUUCCACACGCUUCUGCUCUUCUUGUACAUAAUCAAGACGCGAGAUCACGGUAUGCUGGGCCGGGUCAAUGCCGGAUCAUCCGGCAUCAACGUACUGUGGGUGAUAGACGGCUGAAGGAAAUCCUGUCCAAGAAGCGAAAUGUGAUGUGACAUUCUAAUAAAGUGCGAUCGAUGUCCUGAAGAACCGAGAAGUACCCUUGAUGUGUGAUAUACCUUGACUGAUCCUCCUGAACCUUUAAAACUAAUAUCGCUCGUUUGUCAAGCGAGAGAAAAUAUCUAUAGGUAGAUUUACACAAAAAGAAAUGCGGGAACUGCGUUACGCAACGAAUGGAUGUCGUGAAAUUUUUACUUGUAUAUUUGCGGCUAUAUACAAAGAUUUUGGGGAUUUAUGACGAUUACAAACUUUUCGGAAGAAAAUUAUCACAUACAACUUUUUCCAUACAUGUAUGAGAUGCCGCUUUUUUCGAGACUGAUGAUUUAUCGUAUCAUUAUAGUUGUAAAAUAUAUAUAUACUGUGUGCGUACCGCUUUUAUUAAAAUGAAAGGGGAAAAAAAAACAUCACGGUACAGCUUCACAAGCUCGCAACUGUGCGACACACGGCAAUCAGGGACAUUCACGUAUUCGAGAUUAUAUCGCUGUAUUACAACACCAUUGAAAUAUGUUGAUUGUUACCACAAUGAUAUAUCACUUCGCAUAUACUGUAAGAUAUUUCGUUCCUUAUCCAAUCACACACAUACACACAGAAAGAGAUGUGUCCUUCAGAUAUCAUUGCCGUCACUGAGACGUAUAUCCGAUGUAAAGAGAAAAGUAAAAAGUUCUCAUCACACGAAGUUCUAUAAUUUAUUGUAUUAUCUUUGGGUUAUAAUGCAUUGUAAAAUUACAAAUGAUUCGUUCCUCCGGCAAAUGGAACCAAUGUGUAUGUACAAUAAAGGUCGAUACAAUAAUGUUUAACAGAUUCAAAUAUUAUAUACCACCGAUAUAUAAGAUUAGAACGGAACUUUAUUUAUGCAACAGAAUCUAAAUGCGAAAUCAUACUUCCGCAUGAAUAUUGUAACGAAGUUUGCAUCUAUACAUUUAAUUGUGAUAGGUCACGUGGUAAUUUUAAAAGCUUUUACACAUAGCGAACGCUUCAAUCAUUACGAUUACGAAUAGCUUCCUUCCAAACUUACAUUUGGGAUUUUCUUAGAAAUUUCUUGUCUAUUAUAUAUUGCUUCUUCCACCGGAAAAGGGUUGUUUAAACAAUAGAUGCUUUAAGCCUUAAGAAAUUGACCAAUCACAAUCGAAUUAUAGGAGAAUAAUCAAUUUCUUAAUGCUUAAAAUUCUAUUGUAGACCUAGCCUUAGUCAGCAUAGCUUAUGAUCCAAUUGUCGGAUACAAAUUAUACCUAGGAUAUCGAUAUCACAAUAUCGCUUAAUAUAUACUCUUCGUGAGUGACAAGAAUGAGUGGGUCACUUUUUUUCUUUUUGGAAAGAACGAAGUUGCGACGAUUCUUUACAACGUCCGGAUUCCGAGUUUUAAACUAUUCAUAUUGUUACUCCGUGUUGUAAGUGACGGUAUUAUCUAGAUUUAUAAAAGAAAAGAAAAGGGGGGGAAAAGAACAAUGUUAACGGAUUCACGGUAUACAUCUCGGUAGAUUCGCGCACGUACCUCGCACAUGUCUGUAAUAAAGAGAGAAUAGAAUAAAAA